CCCGGCCCUGCCUCGAUGUUCCAGCUGCCCAUCUUGAAUUUCAGCCCCCAGCAAGUGGCCGGGGUAUGCGAGACCCUGGAGGAGAGCGGCGACGUGGAGCGCCUGGGUCGCUUCCUCUGGUCGCUGCCGGUGGCCCCUGCGGCCUGCGAAGCUCUCAACAAGAAUGAGUCGGUGCUGCGCGCGCGAGCCAUCGUGGCCUUUCACGGCGGCAACUGCCGCGAGCUCUACCAUAUCCUGGAAAACCACAAGUUCACCAAGGAGUCGCACGCCAAGCUGCAGGCGCUGUGGCUUGAAGCACACUACCAGGAGGCUGAGAAGCUGCGCGGAAGGCCCCUGGGGCCGGUGGACAAGUACCGCGUGAGGAAGAAGUUCCCGCUGCCGCGCACUAUUUGGGACGGGGAACAGAAGACACACUGCUUCAAGGAGCGCACGCGGCACCUGCUGCGGGAAUGGUACCUGCAGGACCCAUACCCCAACCCCAGCAAAAAACGUGAGCUCGCCCAGGCAACCGGACUGACUCCCACCCAGGUGGGCAACUGGUUCAAAAACCGCCGGCAAAGGGACCGGGCGGCUGCCGCCAAGAACAGACUCCAGCAGCAGGUCCUGUCGCAGGGCUCCGGGAGGGCGUUACGGGCAGAGGGCGAGGGCACGCCAGAGGUGCUGGGCGUCGCCGCUAGCCCGGCGGCCAGUCUAUCCAGCAAGGCGGCCACUUCGGCCAUCUCCAUCACAUCCAGCGACAGCGAGUGCGACAUCUGA